AUGUUACAGUACCCGUGUGUCAUAGCGCUGCAUGAUCCCUGCUCUACAUUCUCAACAUAUGCAUUCUCUUGCGGUCGUGGCCCACUCUCGGACACCUUGAAGACACCAUCAGAGCAGGUGUCCUUCUUGCACUUCCCGCGGCCGUUCAAGAACCCGGAGUAUACCAAGAACUCGAACCGAAGGACGAAGAACCUGAAGACCGUGCUGACCCAGGAGAAGGAGCGCGAGCGCGUUGAGAGAGAGCGCCGGCGGGCAGAGAAGGAGCAGGCGAUGGACGUCGACCACGAGGGCGCUCCGUCGUCGAAGGAAGAUGAUGAGCCAGAGGACAUUCCGACGUAUGCUUCCAUCGAGGCACCUCCUUCUUUGCUCCCUCAACGGCGCUACUGUGACAUAACCGGCUUGGAGGCUCCGUAUACGGACCCCACCACAGGAUUGCGCUAUCAUGACAAGAGCAUAUAUGAAAUUAUCAAGGGACUUAGCACAAGCGCUGCAAAGGACUACCUCGCAGCUCGAGGCGUGAACCCGGUAGUGAAGUAG